GAAAUUAAAAUACAAUGGCUGCGCUACAGUUCGCCGGGGCUCCGCGAGAAAAACUAACAGCGCUCGAAAAAAUUGAAAAAGAUAUUGCUACAGCACUACAAACCGCAGGCCAGGCCCUCCAGGAACUCUCUAAAGACAAACCAGCUCUAAAACAUGUCGAGGGGCACACAACAAACUUCCUGAAAACAUUGCAAGAAAUUGAGAAUGGACUGAGCCAGCAAAUCAGUUAUUUAAGUCAGGUUACAACCAGUCAGCCUCAUGAGGGCUCCUCCUAUGCAUCACAGAAGGACCUGCAGAUGGCCAUGCACAGGUCUGAGCAUGUCAAAAGUCGUCUGAGUGAGCUGGAGAAGAUUCGCCAAGAACACUUGAGGCAGAAGCAUGUCAUACGCACAUACUCCAUGCCAGAGCAGCAGGUCCAGCAGCCCCACACACCCCAGCAGCCACAUACGCCUCAGCCCCAACAGCAGCAGAAACAGCGUGAUCAGCAAAGAGAACAGCAAGCCCAGUUGUAGUGACCUGCUCUUCCAUUCUCUACACUUGCUGUCUGCUAAGACUUAUAAGCUAUAGGCAGAUAUAGGGAUUAAAUUAAUAUGAUGGAGUCAGCAAUGCCUACAGCUAGUCACCUAGAAAUGGCGUGUCAUUAUCCAUGUGCUAUUCAACAUAGAAUGAACUAUGCUUCUAGAUGAUAUCUUACCUAAAUAUAAAGGGCUGCCGUGGUACUGACUUAUCUGGUAUGAUCAUUGAAAAAUGUUUGUGGAUACUUUAACUGAACUUGAAAAACUUAUUUUGUGUUAUGGUACUACUUGAAGAAAGUUGAAAACUGAUAACACAGUUUUCUUUAAGACAAGCAGAAUGUUGUAUAAUUAUACAUAGGAAGUCAUCUGUCAUGUCUUCGUACAUAAUUUAUAGAAGAUACACAUUUACUGCCUUAUUAUAGAAUGUACUAUACCUUUGAUAAAAUCUGUGUGGUACUAAUUCUGGCUCACUUUAGUUGUGUAAAAAGUAUUGAAUCCCCAGACAGCUUGACUCAGAAUUUGUUUGCAUGUGAGUUAUUUGAUUGGAGAAUGUUUAACACAUUUUACACAAUCAAUUUUAUAACAAACAAAACAAAAUUGUUGUAAAUAAAUGUACAGGGGUAAUAUUGGUAC